CAGAACCCUUUUCGUUCUUCUCGAAGAUUUCGACAGCGACGGUCUUAGGUUUCUAGUUUCCAUGGUACCACCGCCCAAGGGAGUCAACGAAGAAAUUGUCAAAGAAGUAUUCAACAGCGCAACCGGAUUCGUUCGCGUCGAUGCCCCAAUAUUUCAUAAAAAUACCUAUUUCCAGUGCAGUAAUGCCAGCACGAGUUCAGCUGCACCAACCCUUGACACUCCUUAUCCUAGGCCUGUGUCUCGGUCCUGCAACGUCCAAAAACUCGAGAGUAUCAUUCCUUCAGAGAAAUUAUUUUCCGCCAAAAGUAUGAUAACCCAAAAUCCCGUGGUCCAGAAUGAUCCUAACGUUCCAAUAAACAGACUGAAAACAUCUCCCCAGAUAAUACCUUCAGAAUCUUCGGACGUUUUUCGCGGUUUUCCACCGAGCGAGAUAUUCAACACCCAGAGUCAUGUGCAGAGUAUAAAAAACUUCUACAGACCGUCGGCGAGCUACGCUUUUCCCGCUCUUCCGCCCGGACAAGGAUUCGUCAAUUUUGCGGGUCAAAUUGUCGCAAAAAAUUCGGGACAAAUUCAGCAAUCCCUCGGCACGGGGCUGGUGGGCCCUGCGUAUCGACCAAAAUGGUUUCAAAACCCGUAUUUGGUGCAAAAAAAUAGCUAUCCCGUUCCAAAGUAUCAGAACUUCUACUUGAAGACCGUGAACAAUCAGUACGUAAAAGUGCCCGCCGCAAAGGUGAACAAUUUUUCCCAGGCGAGCAUAAACACCUCGCAGGCUUCUUAUCAGGCUAUGUACAACAACGCCCAUGACUACUUGAGGAACAGAAGUAAUACCGUGACUAGCGGUUUGCUGGAGAAGGUACAACGACAUAGAAGUCUUCAAGAAGCAACCAUUAAAACUAUGGUUGCGAAGUGCGAGUCAUCGAAAAUCGACGCAGUCCCUCAAGUUUUCGACGGUGGCGAUGAUCUUCCGAGUGUAGAGAUUCGCUCUGUUGAUGACUCCAGCGCUGUCAACUCAAAUCAGGAGGAAAAAAUUAUUCAGAAGAAGACCACUAUUGGUAUUAUUUCGAAAAGCAGAAAUUCAACGGGAAAAAUAAAUAGUUCAAAUAUUUGCAAUACGUCACUGGAACCUACAGUUGCGAGCAAUUAUUUGUUAGAUACUGCCGAUGGUAAAGUUUUUACGGAGGAUUACGCCGGUGCAGAUAAUUCAGCCGCGAAUCAGGACAGCUUUGAACAAUUUGCCAAAGAAGUCAGAAUGAGACAGCGCGCUAUACAGGAAGAUAUAUACAAGAUGGACAUCGUUCACGGCGAUUUUCUCCCUGAAGAAGGAAUCGACGAUAAGGAAGACGCCAGCUCGAUCAAAUCCGAGAUUCUGACAGCAAGUGAGGAGCUCAUAAACAGUUGCAAGAAGUUUUUAGACCGAGCAAAAUCGGGUGAAUCUGUUGGUCAACACUCUUCAACUCUUACAGAAGUCCCGAUUUUUCCGAGAACCAGAUCAUUAAGCGACGUUCGUGAGGAAACGUCAGUCCAGUAUCAGUCUGAUUCAAAUUUAUGGAGAUUGUUGACGACGAAAGAUGAUUCCGGAAUUAACGCGGAAAAGAUUGUUCAAGCCAGUGAUAUCCCUAAGACCCUGGAGGUCUCUUCGGAUCAGAGGACGCCCCAUUCUCCCGUAGAAAUCGCCACGAUCAAAGAGGCGGAAUCCGUAGACUCGGCACCGUUGAAGCGACUGGUAAGAAAAAAAAAAUUAGACGUGCUGACUGCCAAAGCCAAGAGUCAGAAGGCCGCUCAAAAAGAAUCUGCAACCGUCUUAGUCGAACUUCAAGAUGAUGCCAGCCUUUCAGAAGUUGGGCCUAAGUCGUGCACCAGAGCGAAGAGUAUUUCGCAGGCGGAUUUUUCCGCUAGGUGCCCCAAAUCCAUUGCUUCGCAUACGUUAACAUCUCCCAUUCGUCCAUCCACCACAAUGGCCGAAUUAGCAGCUUACAAUAAACAAUACUACGACGCAUUGCUGAGCAUUCAGAAAGCGAAAGCUGCCGUGGCAAACUCUCUGGCCAUUUCAUCGGUGGCAACUGGUCCGGUCGGUUUUGAUCCGUACUAUUAUAAUUACGUGCAACAACAACAUCGUCAGAUCAUUCAGCGUCGUCAGCAGCAGAUUCUCAUCGAUCAUCACCGUUAUCCGCAGCAAAAAUCGCUGUCCACUGGACCUGCGCCCUGGUACGGACCUUCCGAUUGGAGGUAUCCCGUCAUCGGACAAUCCAGGUUACCUCACGGACCCCAAAUGCUCCAUCCUCCUUCCCGUUGGCCCCCAAGUGUCGGGUUCAUGGGCAGGGAUUCACAAAUUUCCAGCCUGCCCCAAAGGCAGCAGACAAACGUGACUCAGCAAUCAAAGGUGCCGGUAAAACGUAGGAAACUUGAAGAAAUAGUUGGAAGGCUUAAAGAGACUGAAAGCAACUCCGCGACUAACUAACCGAGUGUAUUCUAAUAUAAAUAAAAUUACCUCGCGACGGAGAAAUUUCGAUAAAGUACUUCUGUCACUCAGCAGAAAUUAUCUAUUUGUAUCGUACAUCUCGAUACUAACCGAUGACCGUGUACAUUAUUAUUUCUUGUAUUACCAUUAAAAUUAUUAUAGAUUGUAAUGUUAUGUAACUGUAUAUUGUUUUAUCGCAGGCUUACGUAUAGUACUCUAUACAUGUAUAACUACCUGCUGGUUCGAUCAAUUCAGGCGUAAUCCUCGCAAAUUAAAAUCUACCCUGAUUGAAUUUUUUCAAUUUAUAUUCGUUUUAUUCUAUUUCCCAGAUUAUUCGAUUCAACGUCGGGGGUAUCCGAAUGAUACGUGUUUUUAUGUAUAAUGAUAAAUUUAAAAACAUUUAUGUGUAGAUUAUUUUCGAGACAAACAUUAUAUUCAACAUUCGUGUUUAACGUGCCUCCAGUUGUAGGUAUCUUAAGAUGGAACAAAUCGUUCGACCUCGAAACAUCUGCACUUGUGUUAUUGGAAUAUAAAACGGAAAAUUAUUAAUCUUACACGCAAUAUAAUUGCGAUAAUGCAUGCGUGUUAUUACGUAAUAGAUGUUAUUAAAAAAGAAAAUCGCAGUUUAAAAUAUUCGAACCCUGCAGCUGCUGAUUAAAAAGAAAUAUAAUAUGUAAUUCCAAAGAAUACUUGAAGUAUAAUAUAUUAGAAAUAGAAUUAGUUGUUGCAUACCGUUUCAAAGGCUAAAUAAUGCAUUGAAUGAUUUCCACAUAUAGAUAAAAAAAAAUAGAUAUUUUAUUAUGUCAUAAGAAACAAUUUCGGACGAACUUACGUCUACAGUAAACAAAUUACGUCAAAAUUGUUGCGCAAGUGUAUAAAUUCUUUGAAAUAGUAGCAAAAUAAUAUGUGUUAUUGAAAAGAGAAACUUAGAUAGUUUAAUUAAAAACAGAUAAAAUUGGUUACGAAUUUCUUCGGUAUUCCAAAUCCACCAAUGAAGAUGGAAAAUUGUUCAGGCUGCGGCAGGGCGUAAUAUGUACGUCAAACGUUAAUUUACUCAUGCGGUAACAGCUGUAAACUUGCUAUCUGUGCGAAGUUGCAAAAGGUGCAAAGAUCGCAUAACAGUCUGCGAACGAAAGAGACGAAGUACUUGUUUAUAAUUUAAACGAGACUACUGCAACUGUGCGCAAUUACUUAAAUAUUAUCACUCCGAACUCUCAGCGACAGGGUGACCCAGGAGUCACGCUAUCAAUCAAUGCUCUUUAUCAUUCAGUCGCGAUUUUCAUGAAUAUGUAUGUAUAUGUAGAUAUUCAUGGAUGCUCCUCGAGUCACACAUAGAAUUUAAUGCGAUUUUAUAACUCAUAUCACGCUCUGUUCGCAUAUAUGUAUAAAGUUAUUCAUCUUAGAAAGCGUUUUAGGUAAGAAUUCCUUGGUGACCUGAUGUCAGAAUUUUACUGGGACCCUGUGAAACCUGAACAUUCAAUAUAAGACUCUUAAAUUAUACAGGGUGUCCCGUAACUCGCCGAUAGUAGUAAAUUCGUAUCGGUGUAGUGCAUGAAAAAUGAGUAUAGUGAGGUAUAAGUGAAAUUUCUCUAUGUGAUGCAACGAAGCUAUCUUCUAAGUAUUCGGUAAGUACGUUUUUCCUUAUUUCCGAUUGACUGGAAGUUCGAAAAUCGAGGGUUUCCAUAAUCACUGAUUACGAAACUGAAAUACAAAUUCGGAAAUUCUUUCGAUUCGCUAUUUUGAAUUCUCAAAUUUCGAGUUCACCUGCGCUAUCGAUGAAUUCAAAAACCUCCGAUUUUCAAGUACCGAGUAAAUCGGAGGUAAGAAAAAAUUUGUGCCGAGUUAUGGGAUGCCAUGAAUAUUUCGGCUAAACAAAAAAGUUUGCGCGUAUAAUGUUCUUUACG